AAGAAGCAGAAGAAAAUGAAUUUUGAAUCCUGUACAGCUUUGCCAUACUACCCAGAUCCACACAUAUCAAGGAUUGUGGACACAUCAUCUCACUUCUCUUGUAAGGAGAGAUAUUAUCGAACCUCAGUGUCUCAGUCUUCACAAAGCACAGAAAAUAGAAGCCCUAGGGUGUUUGACCGUCUUUGGGAGUUUUUAGGACCAAUGCAUUCUGUUCAGCCCAUUGAUUUGAAUUUCACCAGUGAUGCAAUGGAGAAAGGUCCUACGAAUAAGAUCGAGAUUAGUAUGGACUGCAUCAGGAUGCAGGACUAUGAGGUGACUGAUCCGUUUCUGCCUCAAUAUACAAAUUUGGGGUUGCUGAAUAGCAUGGAACAACAGAUACAGAAUGGCUCAUCUUCUACAAGCCCAUACGCCAAUGAGCAUGCUCAAAACAAUGUGACAGCACCAUCUCCAUAUGCUCAGCCAAGUUCUACCUUUGAUGCCCUGUCUCCUUCUCCUGCCAUCCCAUCAAAUACAGAUUACCCAGGACCUCACAGCUUUGAUGUUUCAUUUCAGCAGUCUAGCACAGCAAAAUCUGCAACUUGGACGUAUUCUACUGAACUCAAGAAGCUGUACUGCCAGAUUGCCAAAACCUGUCCAAUUCAGAUCAAGGUGAUGACUCCUCCACCACAAGGAGCAGUUAUACGAGCAAUGCCAGUCUACAAAAAAGCAGAACACGUAACAGAAGUUGUAAAGCGAUGCCCAAACCAUGAGCUCAGCCGGGAAUUUAAUGAGGGGCAAAUAGCUCCCCCAAGCCAUCUCAUAAGAGUUGAAGGAAAUAGCCAUGCACAGUAUGUGGAAGAUCCAAUCACUGGCAGACAGAGCGUUCUGGUACCAUAUGAACCCCCGCAGGUUGGCACUGAAUUCACAACAAUAUUAUACAACUUUAUGUGCAACAGCAGCUGUGUUGGAGGAAUGAAUCGCCGACCGAUAUUGAUCAUAGUAACGCUAGAAACAAGAGAUGGUCAAGUGCUUGGGCGCCGAUGUUUUGAGGCUCGGAUUUGUGCUUGUCCUGGAAGAGAUCGUAAGGCCGAUGAGGACAGCAUCCGCAAACAGCAAGUCUCAGAUGGUACAAAGAGUGGCGAAGGUAUGAAACAAUGUUUUAGACAGAACACACAUGGAAUUCAGAUGGCAUCUAUUAAAAAACGGCGGUCACCAGAUGAUGAAGUGUUGUACAUACCUGUAAAAGGCAGAGAAAUAUAUGAAACCUUAUUAAAAAUCAAAGAGUCUCUUGAACUCAUGCAGUACCUUCCCCAACACACGAUUGAGACCUACAGACAACAACAGCAACAUCUAUUGCAGAAACAAUCUUCAAUACAAAGUCAGCCUUCCUUUGGCUCAGUCUCUCCUCCCCUCAACAAGAUGAAUAACAUGAACAAGCUACCUUCUGUCAGCCAGCUGAUGAACCCACAACAGAGAAAUUCUCUUACUCCAAAUGCCAUGUCUGAUGGAAUGGGGUCAAACAUACCUAUGAUGGGGACACACAUGUCAAUGCCUGGUGAUCUUAAUGGGCUCAGCCCUCCUCAGACAUUACCUCCCCUUUCUAUGGCUUCCACAUCACACUGUACGCCGCCUCCCCCAUACCCCACAGACUGCAGCAUUGCCAGUUUUUUAGCGAGAUUGGGAUGUUCAUCUUGUCUGGACUAUUUCACUACCCAGGGUCUGAGCAGCAUUUAUCAGAUUGAACAUUACUCCAUGGAGGACUUGAUCAAUAUGAAGAUUCCUGAUCAGUUUCGGCAUGCAAUCUGGAAAGGUUUACUUGAACACAGACAGAUCCACGACUUCUCCUCUCCCCAUUUGCUAAGGACAGCCAACAAUGCUUCUUCAGUCAGCGUGGGUGGUAAUGAGUCUCGGGGAGAAAGGGUGAUUGACGCAGUGCGUUUCACACUUCGCCAGACCAUCUCCUUCCCUCCACGAGAUGACUGGAAUGAUUUCAAUUUCGAUAUGGACACCCGCAGGAAUAAGCAGCAGCGCAUAAAAGAGGAGGGAGAAUGACUACCUUCUUACGGCUUCUAUGAGAUGUAAUAUUGUUAUAUAGGACCAACGUCAUCUUCUUGAGCUUCUUCAUCAUCCCUUAUCCCAUACUGUUGUAUUUAUGUGUAUAUGAUAUAAGAACAACUGAGUUGCUGAAGAGUGAUGGUGGACCUUCAUUAUCUUAGAUCUCCUUCAGCAUUCUUUAGCACAGUGCCAAUCAGUUCUGUAGAUGGUGAAGGGUCUGGGGGAAGCUCAGAAAAUUACUUGCUUUGUCAUCUACCAAAUACCAAGUGUAGCUCUUGUUUAAAUAACUAAACAAGUCCGUUAUUUAUCAUUACUGGAGAUUACAUUUCAUUUGACAUUUUUUUGGACGUUUUUUUAUAUUUUGGGGUAUACUCCUCUGCUUGGUUCACUACAUGUUGGCCCUUUAUUGUUAUACCCAUCAUACCAGUUGUUCUGUAGCUCUCCACUCUUUACCCAAUAUACCACUUGUUCUGUACUAACUGGUUAUAAGGAAGGAAACGGCCAUUAUCAUGGGCCAUAUUGCAGUUCAGUUAGUACAAAUGACAAUGUUAGCUAAUUCAUUCCAUGAAAUAUAUUGCACUUAUUAUUUGUAUGUUUAUUGCUUGACAUUUGUUUAAAAAAAAAAAAAAAGUUUAUCUAGGUGUACAGUUGUAGAAUAUAGUCCCUUGGAUUAAGAUGAACAUAUUUAGCCUAUAAACCUAAUUUGCCAAUAAUUGUCCUGUACAUGGGCUGAAAGAUACUCUUGCUGCUGCUAUCAGAGAUAGGACCACUGAGGAUAGAUUGUUGCAUAGACCAAACUACUCUAGAGCAAUUCUGAAACAGUCUCUGCAUAUAGGGAGUUAACAACUGAAGUAGGAAAGCCUGAAAUCAAAGUUCUAGAAAAUCCAGUGAUGCUGGAAACUUUCACAUGUCUCCCUUAUGUUCUAUAUUUAAACAGAAGGGAUAAGCCACUUCACUGAUACUACCCACAACAUUCUUAGCAUAAAUAAUAGGCUGAAAAAGGAAUCAUCUAUAAAUAAGCCCUAUGAGUCUAUAUGUCCAUCCAAAAGUGUUAAUUCUCAGGGUAUUUAAAUUAAACAUAAUACUAAACCAGCUAAAAUAAUAUGACCCAAAUAAUAUUCAUUGAUGUCAUAUUGUUGGGCAUAUUCAAAAGACCAUCUUUUGGUUUGAAUGUCAGAUUUUAGUGUACAGGAACACAGCUGUGCAGUUAUGUUUUGCUUUUUUAUUUUCAGUACAAGUUAACAUUGCAUUAGUAAACAUAACAUUUCUAUAAGAACAGGGAUUUCAAUAAAGGUAAAAGCUUCAAGUGUCAAAUGUAGAUAUCUUGAUAAAUUACAGUUUCUGGUCAUUUAUGUGUAUGGGUCUAGUAACCCAUGGGCAUGAUACCGAAAAGGUACCUAUAGCACCCAUUAUGUUAGAAAAAAAAUAUUCAUUAUGUUAGUGGGCACCUAGAAAAACCCUUGACUGAUAAUUUUCAGUGAGCUAAGCCAUAUUUUUAGCAAAUGACAAUUUUUUCUGCAAAAUAAGGAUGGAAGUUUUCAAUCACAUCAGUCACAUGUGUGUUGCAAGUCACAAGAACACUUUAUAUCUAUAUCUAGAUUUAUGGUAAACCAUUGCAGCCUGCUUCUUGCAAGCAAUGUGUCUGACUGAAGAAUUACUUACAUACAGUAAUGCGGCUUAGGAAUGCCCUAAGGGGGAUUACAAAUGCUUCAAACCUAUUAGAACAUCUCUCUAAACAGGCUGCAGUUGUUCCAUUUUCUAUGCAAAUAGCACAUUUUUCUGUUAAUGUGCCAAAAAAGUUAGCAGUAGGUCCCAGAGGAGCAUCAGUGAGUUUGAGGAUAGAUAGUUGUCUUAAGCUGGCCAUAGAUGGAUAGAAUUUUGAAUGAAAAUUCUUAGGAAAGGUCUUAGGAAAAAUUGUACGAAAAUGUUUCAGAACAUUAAUUUGUUAGUUGAAAAAUUUUGUUUGCUUUUAAUAUUUGAUUUUGUAAUGGAUGUACUUCACCAAAUGAAAACCACAUACACUGUUAGAAAUCUGUUUAUUUGAGAAAAAAAUUCCAUCCUGCUUCUUUGAAUUUUCUCAUUAAUAUGGUAGUAAACGGACAUAGAUUUAAACAAAUAAUGCUUAGAAAAACAAACUUUCUUAGGCUGGCUAUAUAUAUAUAAAAAAAUGUUUUGGGUUCAACGAGCGGAUUAAAAAAUUAUCUAAUUUCCCUAUCAACACACAACCUGCCCAUACGUCAUUCAAAAUUCAGCCGGUCCCCCCCAUAACUGGCCUAAUUUCAAUACAUGUAUGGUUUCCCUUAGAAUCUUCUUUCCCCAAAAAUCUGCAUAUGAAAUUCUACCCAUCUUUGGCCAGUUUUACUCUCUGGAGAAACAACUGCCUAUCUCCAGCCAACUUUGUUUUUUUUCCACUUCUACAGGACUCCAUUCAGCAGAGUGGAAGCUUACUAGUGAUAACAGGUCACCACUGCCUUUAUAUCUAUUCAUGCCAUUUGUCACAAGGUGACUAUAACGUUUCUGUGUAAUGGUGUUUUGCAGCAUUCAUUAUUGCUACAGUUUAUUUUGGGAUAGCAGGUCUUCCAAAUGAGAUGUAUUAAUAUAAUAUUUCUUUUUUUUUCCUGUGGACUCUUAUUUUCAUACUUUUUUAUUUGUACAUAUAUAUAUAUAUAUAUUAAGAUCCUGAGUCCUAUAUUUCAAACAUGUGGAAUCUACUAGUCUGCGGUAAAUAAGCUAUUUUAUGACAUCAGUGACUAAAAUAAAAACAGGUAACACUGAAAUGUAUAACUAUGCAUUAUCAGUAAAGUACAUUUGCCUCUCAGGAGACACCCCUAUCCGAUAACGCUGGGCACUGAAACACGUUUGAUCUUAAGACAUUUAAAAAAUGCUUUUUUUUUUAAUUAUACCAUACAACUAUUUUUCCUUGUAAAUAUUUUGUAUUAUGAGAAGUAUGCAUAAUAUGUUUAUUUCUAAAUAAAAAAUAAAAAAUCUUGGUGUUUUAAUAAUA